GGCGUGUACUGUAUGAACGGUCCAUCCAUCACCCAUGCAAAACCUGCUCGCCAUGCAGUGUGUCGACGUAGGCUACGGCAUUGAUGCUUCUUGUCGUCGACAUGCGACCUGUUGGCGACGUCGAUGGUCGCUUUCGUUGGCGCUGCAAACACUGACGUCCUGGCCACGACGACAGGACGGCAUACAACGGAUGCGAUUGCGAACAGUUAUGGUCCUCUCUCCGACCGUGAGCUGUCUCUCCUGUAAACGAUGGUCGUGCUACAACUCGGCCAAGUGCGAAUAUGACGAGCGUUCAAAGGUUUGUGGGUCUGGGCAAUGGCAAUGCCAAACGGCGAUCGGGGCCGUGCCGGGGGACGGAUGUGCUGUGCAGAAGCUACCGCACCGCGAAGCAGCGACAACCAGUCCCCAUUGCUCUCGUUUGUCUUGGUGCCUUGGGCAUAUUGGUUAUUUCGCCCCGAUCCCAUCGCACGGGUUUCAGCCCCUCGACACAUUUCUCGGUGGAUCGCAUUAAAUAAGCUAUUUCCUUAAAUACUCUAUACAGUCGGCAC